AUGCAGCUUCUCUCGUUCUGGCAAACACGCCAAGAGGACCCUAGUCUCGAAGGCCUCUUCAAUGUUUUGCAGCCAUCCAUUUCCGAUACAAAAGGAGAGAUAAGCUCAUUUCUGGAGCAUAUUAUAUCUCGAUAUGGAAAGAGUCUUCUCUCUAACUCGAAGCCUAACCCGAAAGCUGUGGGAAAGAUGCUGCAAUGGCAUAUGCUGGAACGCGACAACGUUGCGCGAUUGCAAGACAAGCUUCGGAAGAGCAAGGAAAUCAUAUUGAUGGUUCAAAGUCAAGCCAAUAUGAUCUUAGAGGAGAAAGACCAGUCUAUUGUGAUUGAGAGAAUGGACGCUCUCGCAGACGCUGAAACCGACACUGCAAGACAGCUCAAUGAACGUCUCGAUGAUCUUGGAGGAAAAGUUGAGAAACAGGGCGAGGCGCUCGGCCUAAUCUCUCGUAGUAUUGGAAGCAUUAGCUCAACUAUGGCUCCAAUCGCAAAUCUUGUCAUAGACCUUCCAAGCAUGUUGGCAAAGAUACAUGCCGAGCAGUUGUCUCAAAGACUCUUGUUGUUCAGUCUUAAUCCAUUUGCCCAGAACUCUGCUAUUGUAGAAGAUGCUCUUGGUUGGAAACUCUCCAUACCUCUAGAACUGAUCAGUUCCUGGGAUACACUUCACUCUAUCCUCAUAGAUAGAUUUUCGAAGCAACCAGGUUAUGGCUUCGUCAGAGACCGCCGUUAUGCAAUACGAGACGACGUCAGCGGAUUAGACAUCCGUCAGAAUAAACCGCUGACUUAUGUGCUCCGUCCUGGUCAGAAAGUCAACAUGUGCAUGGUGUACUUCACCGGUGAUAAGGACACAAUGACGUGCCCUAGAUGUAAAAAGUCCACUCUCCGCGCAAACAACCUAGCUUUCAUAUGCUCAGAUCCAAGGUGUGAGAUGGAAAUCCAACGCAUCGAGGAAUUACACCAUGAUACUACAACUCUCAAUGACAAAAUGGACGGCAACCCUCCAAAGCCCAAUCUCAGUACGGAUGGCAGCAUAACGCAUCCUGAUUUUGAGGAUGCAUUUCCAGCUGAUCUAGUUUCCAUGUCCGACACAGAAGAAGGCCCGGAGGUCUUCAAGCGGGUGCGGUUUCUCUCUCGAUGGGAAUUUCGACUUGAAUCACGAGGACCGUUGGAAUACAAAACCGGCCAAUAUAAUUGGUGGGCAGCGGAUUGUCCUGAAGCCCAGGUAAUGAAAGACGCCCUUGGAGCUACCUUAUGGGAUCAUGUAUGUGAGAUUGAGGAGCUCAAUUCGGUGGAACAAUAUUUCGCCCUCAAUUUGUUCUUUGUCGGGUCGACAUUGCAACAGUCGAGACCCGUGUUACUCAUUUUCUCCAUGACGAAGCAGGGACGUAGGGAAGCCUGGAGGCACUCUACAGGCAUUGAUUGGAUCAAAGCAAACCCCUCGCUCGUCGUUCUCACAAGCUGUAGCACCAUCUUCCAUUCUACCAUCAAACAAAUCUAUGAUGAGAGAUUUGGGGUACUCAAACUUGAGGAUAGUUGA